UAGGGCAGACGGAAGAAGUCAUUGUGGCAGUAUUCCAACACACUGCACAUCUUCCCUGUGACUUUUUUAAUCUUAUGAGUGUGUGAAUGUGGUUAAAAGUUGCUGUGUAGUCCAAUGUACACAUAAGACAUAUCAGCCUCAUCUGUUAUUUUACUUAAUUUUCAGAGACAAGAAAGCCAGAAAGGAGGUCAGAAAUAAACUGGUGGCCACUUUGCAGUUACCAGUGCAGAUCAGAUGAUUUUUGUGACAUGCUGAGGUAAUACUGCAUUUGUAUACUGAUGUGCAUCAAGGCUCCCAUGGCUGUUGGUACCAUGGACUCCAAGCCUACCCGGACACCUCAUCCUCAGGCCUCCUUGACUAAUGGAGGCAACUCUCAGUUAAUUGCUGGGCCUGUGAGCACCAUACUGGGGCCUCAAAGUAAGCCCUAUGUCUGCGGCUCUAUUGCAGCUGUUACCAAUAUUGUGGUGACCUUCCCCAUCCAGAAGGUGCUGUUCCGUCAGCAGCUGCAUGGUGUGCUUACCAGUGAGGCAGUGCGGCAGCUCCAAAGGGAUGGACUAAGGACUCUCUAUCGUGGUCUUUUACCACCAAUGCUCCAGAAGAGCACUACAUUGGCCAUCAUGUUUGGUUUGUAUGAAGACUUCUCCAGAGUAUUGCUGAACAGGGUCAGUGGCACUGGUGUGCCGGAGCUGGCUACACGAAGUUUUGCUGCAGCACUGGCAGGAGCCGGAGAGGUCAUUCUGGUACCAUUUGAACGUGUACAGACUCUCCUGCAAGACCAUCGGCACUACGGACGCUUCAACAACACAGCCCACACUUUCCGGACACUUCUGAUUGAGUAUGGCGUCACAGAGUGCUACCGUGGUCUUGUGCCCAUACUACUUCGUAAUAGCUGCAGCAAUGCACUCUUCUUUGGGCUUCGUGGGCCCAUUAAGGAGCAACUCCCAGAAGCCACUAGCCGGACAGGUCAUCUGAUUAAUGAUUUUGUAUGUGGCGGUGUGUUGGGAGCAGGCCUAGGGUUCAUGUUCUAUCCAUUAAAUGUGGUGAAAUUCCGGGCCCAAUCUCAGGUUGGUGGAGCCUUCCAACCUGUCAAUUUGGUGCUGCUAACAGUGUGGAGAGAAAGGGGUGGUAGCCUAAAAAAACUCUUCCGAGGAGCACACCUCAACUACCACCGCUCUCUCCUUUCAUGGGGCAUUAUUAACGCAACGUAUGAAUUUCUUUUGAAACUUCUGUGAGAUGGCUGAAGGAGAUCAAGUAUGAAUCUUGAAAGAGUGAAAAAAUUGUAUGAAGGGAAGCUUCAGUGUGGAGCGGUAUGGCCAUUUUGACAGAAAGAUGUUAAUGCAAAAAGAUCUUGCACAGGAGAUGGUGACUGAGUUGUACUUCUGGCAGGGGCUAACAGUCAGUGUGAGAUAAACGCCUGCCAUUGUGAAUGUUUGAUGUCGUCCAGAUAUUGAAUCGGGGUGCAGUUUUUGUCAAAACACCCUUGUUUGCAGUACAUACAAAAUGUUGGGACGCAGACUGAACUUCAGCACAUUUUAUGAGAGAGUGGCUUCUGGAACUGCUUUUGUAGACGUUAUUUCACUGUAUGUGCCGUGGCAUUUUGGGCAGUAUGAGUCUGCUUGACCAAGAGCUCGUCCUCAUUUGCUACUUUUUCACUUACUUCACAUUCACAAGUCCCCAAGAUGUGUUGUCAAGACAAUGAAAUAAUUGAAGGUUCCCAAGUUUUAUUUGUCUUUAUGCACCAUCUCAGCGUGGUGGUCAGUUUGUCAUAAGGAGGCACAUCUCCACUAGAUUCACACCUUUAUCUUAAUCUGAAACAAAUCUCAUUUGUUGACAAUCAGUUGUGUGUCGUAAGGCUUUCCCAUUGUUAUCAUUAAGUUUGAAAAAGUGAUGAAAACGGCUAAGAAAGUGAUGACUCAGUAUCAUCAGCAUGAUGGGUGAAACAUCAGUUUGGUCAGGUUUCUUUAAAUCAGUGAAUUGCUUUUUGAGAGAUUCUACAACAAAGUCUUUUGCAGAAAUUACAACCCCUGGCAAAA